AAUUGAAUUACCCCCCUUACACCAGUUGAAAAAAAGAGCGCCAAUAUAACUAUUUUUCGCGCCUUUUGAUCACGUGAUCGGUACUUGUAAAUGAUAAGUCCCGAGAAGUUACGAGUAAUUUUGAUGGCCAUAAUGGUGGGAAGAAAACGUCGAAAUAAGUUGGAUACACCAUGUGACUUUAGAAAAAAAAAAGAAAACUGUGAAACAGACUAUUAAAGAAUCAACUGGUGGCAUUCAAUCAGAUAGGAUUGUAUGGUCCAAACUGCCACAAACACCUAUCCUUUGGCCUGUAAGAGUGGUGAAUCAGGAGCAUUUAGAAACUGAAAUAUAUUGCUACUCAGAUAACGCAUACAUUGCAGUAAAAACAAAAGACAUGCAUGUGUUUCCUGGAAAUGACUUUCACAAAAUAAAAACUGAAGCACUAGAAUUACUAAAGAAGAAAAAAAUGGUGGAAACAUCAAAAUUAUUUCUUCAAGAUCUUGAUUGGGCGAUGAAGAUGAAAUCAUCCGUCAUUGACCCAAUAACUGCAAUGGAUAGUCAAUUGCAAGCGUCAGAAUCUUUAGAUAGUACAUUGAAAAAAUCAGUCACCGUUAACACCAUCACUGCAAUGGAUAGUCAAUUGCAAGCGUCAGAAACUUUAGAUAGUACAUUGAAAAAACCAGUCACUGUUAACACCAUCACUGCAAUGGAUAGUCAAUUGCAAGCGUCAGAAACUUUAGAUAGUACAUUGAAAAAACCAGUCACCGUUAACACCAUCACUGCAAUGGAUAGUCAAUUGCAAGCGUCAGAAACUUUAGAUAGUACAUUGAAAAAAUCAGUCACCGUUAACACCAUCACUGCAAUGGAUAGUCAAUUGCAAGCGUCAGAAUCUUUAGAUAGUACAUUGAAAAAACCAGUCACCGUUAACACCAUCACUGCAAUGGAUAGUCAAUUGCAAGCGUCAGAAUCUUCCGAGAGUACAUUGAAAAAAUCAGUCACCGUUAACACCAUCACUGCAAUGGAUAGUCAAUUGCAAGCGUCAGAAACUUUAGAUAGUACAUUGAAAAAAUCAGUCACUGUUAACACCAUCCCUGCAAUGGAUAGUCAAUUGCAAGCGUCAGAAUCUUUAGAUAGUACAUUGAAAAAAUCAGUCACCGUUAACACCAUCACUGCAAUGGAUAGUCAAUUGCAAGCAUCAGAAACUUUAGAUAGUACAUUGAAAAAACCAGUCACCGUUAACACCAUCACUGCAAUGGAUAGUCAAUUGCAAGCGUCAGAAUCUUUAGAUAGUACAUUGAAAAAAUCAGUCACCGUUAACACCAUCACUGCAAUGGAUAGUCAAUUGCAAGCGUCAGAAACUUUAGAUAGUACAUUGAAAAAACCAGUCACCGUUAACACCAUCACUGCAAUGGAUAGUCAAUUGCAAGCGUCAGAAUCAUUAGAUUGUACAUUGAAAAAAUCAGUCACCGUUAACACCAUCACUGCAAUGGAUAGUCAAUUGCAAGCGUCAGAAUCUUUAGAUAGUACAUUGAAAAAAUCAGUCACUGUUAACAGCAUCACUUCAAUGGAUAGUCAAUUGCAAGCGUCAGAGUCUUUAGAUUGUACAUUAAAAAAAUCAGUCACCGUUAACACCAUCACUGCAAUGGAUAGUCAAUUGCAAGCGUCAGAAUCUUUAGAUAGUACAUUGAAAAAAUCAGUCACUGUUAACAGCAUCACUUCAAUGGAUAGUCAAUUGCAAGCGUCAGAAACUUUAGAUAGUACAUUGAAAAAAACAGUCACUGUUAACACCAUCAUUUCAAUGGAUAUUAAAUUGCAAGUGUCAGAAACUUUAGAUAGUACAUUGAAAAAAUCAGUCACCGUUAACACCAUCACUGCAAUGGAUAGUCCUGCGCCAGAAACUGCAGAUAGUUCAAAGCUAGAAUCUUUAGAUAGUACAUUGAAAAAAUCAGUCACCGUUAACACCAUCACUGCAAUGGAUAGUCAAUUGCAAGCGUCAGAAUCUUUAGAUAGUACAUUGAAAAAAUCAGUCACCGUUAACACCAUCACUGCAAUGGAUAGUCAAUUGCAAGCGUCAGAAACUUUAGAUAGUACAUUGAAAAAAACAGUCACUGUUAACACCAUCACUUCAAUGGAUAGUCAAUUGCAAGUGUCAGAAACUUUAGAUAGUACAUUGAAAAAAUCAGUCACCGUUAACACCAUCACUGCAAUGGAUAGUCUUGCGCCAGAUAGUUCAAAGGAGAAAUCAGUCAUUAACACAUUCAAUGCAAAGGAUAUUCAAACUACAGAACCUUCAAAUAGUACAAAAGAUCUGUCUGGCAUGAUUGAGUACAGAGAUCCUGUAUAUAUUUCAUUGGAUUCUGGAUUGUUUGCAGUGCAAGAAAUUAAGAAGGGAGAUGAAGUUAUUAUAUCAAUUACCCCAGUAACCAUAAAAACUGGCAAUGAUCAACAGACUGUAAAUAAAGAUGAAGUUAUAUAUGUAGCUGAGCGCUUGGGGUGUUCAACUCAACAAGAAAUGAACAGUACAAUUCAACAAAAGUUGGACAGCCCCAUUGAAAUAACACAAGGAAUCGAUUUUGAUGAUGAAGACCUUGAUGAGCAGCAUGAUAAAAAUGAUCCUGAUUAUGUCCCGUCUUCAGAAGAACAAUUAUCAGACAAAUCCUUAGAAGAUGAAUUUAUUCAUAGUCUAAACAAGAUACAUAAUGAUGAGGAUAGUGUUGCCAGAGACUAG